GACACGAACACGAUGACAGUUUCCUACGGCCUCCGUUGAAUGUAGCUAGUUGAGUACUUGUCGAGGCGGGUUCUGGUUUUUGUAAAAAUUACGUAAAAUACUUGCAGUUUUUGUUCGCGAACGAAGAUGUUUCGAUUCGCCAUCAAAACGGGAAUAGCCGGUGGGGCCGUCUACUACAGCAAGGAGGAAGGUAUUUGGAACGAAGAUACGGAAAAGGUGUACGAGCGGUAUGCUGCCGCCCUGCAUCCCCAUGUCCAGUCGCUGAAGCAGCAGAUUCCGCUGGAUAUCCCGGCCCUACCUUCGAGCGGAGAGAUGUGUUUCGUUACGAAGCACUACUAUAACGAAGGUGUUAAGAAUACGAUCCAUUUCAUUCAUCGAUUGCCGUGCUACGCUGGCCAGUGGGCCAAGAAGGGAUCGGAUGCAAUCAAGAAGGCUCUCGAUGCACCCUCAGCACCAGCCACACCGGCCGCCGUCGAACCGCAAGCAAAGAAAUGAUCCUAGAUCUCUCCUUGUGUCCAUAUAAAUUACCAGCGCCGUUUGCUGAAUAAAAAGCGGGUGUUACUAAUGUAAUCUUCGCCAGAUCUCGGGACCUUUCUUUCGAUCAAACGACAGUAGCGAGCAGAA